AUGUCGUCCACCAUCAACGCCUCCAUUGAAAAGUUCAACGGAGACAAUUACGCAACGUGGAGCCGGUACAUGCGCGGUGUGUUUUUGACGAAGUCCGUCUGGCACGUCGUCAACCGUGAAGUGACUCCAACUUUCACCGACCCGCGAGCGUCCGAUGACUACGUCAAGGCAAGCAACGUCGCGUUUGGUAUGAUGCUGCUGCACAUGAACGCGGACUACCAUCAUGGGCUGGACAACUGCGAGGAAGCCUGGGUUUCGUGGACAAGUCUGAAGACGCUGUACGGUGGGUCGCAGAAGGCAGGACGCAUCUACCUCAAGCUACAACUUUUCAGUAUCAAGAUGGAUGAAGGCGCGAACGUCAUGCAUCACUGCAACGAGGUCCUCAACAUCUCCGCCAAGCUUAGCGGCAUCGGUGCGAAGAUGGAAGACGAAGACGUUGCAAUUUGUCUGCUACUCAGUCUUCCGAAGAGCUACGAAAAUGUGGUGCUCAACAUGGAAAUGAGCAGCACCGAGCUUCGCACUCAAGAUGUGGUGAGAGUCCUGACGAAUGAGCAUGCCAAGCGUCAAGGAGAAAAAGGGACAACGACAGCGACUACGGUGAAGGCUGAAGAUGCAAGCAAGGCAUUCAGCGCCGAGCGUGAGCCCUACCAAUGCACGUAUUGUGGCAAGCCCGACGCGGCGGCAAUGGUCGUGGACGCGGGGGCUAACAAUGUCCAGUGGGGACAUCAUGAUGAAGGCAAUGGCUACGAUCGAGUGGCGUUUGCAGUCUCGUUCGAAUGUGGAGUUUCGACGAGCAAGGACGUGUCUGGAAUGUGGGCGGUCGACAGUGGUGCAACGCACCACAUUUGCCACGACAAGACCAAGUUCGCAAGUUUGGCAGAGCGCAAUGAGGGCGAACUCUUGGUGGCUGAUGGCAACAAGGUGGCCAUCAAGGGUGUGGGAACCAUCAUGGAAAAGGUGGUUCUGCCCAACGGUGAAGAGCGUGAGAUCGAAAUCAAGAACGCGCUAUAUGUUCCAAGUAUGAGCAAGAACCUGCUCUCGGUGCCACAGAUUAACAGCCAUGGCAAGUUUCAAGUCGUGUUUGACGGGUCCAAGAUGUAUGUGACUCUCAAGAACUCACAGCAAGUGGUGGCGACAGCGGAUCUCGUGGAUGGACUCUACUGGCUUCGGACGACUCAACGAUCAGCUAAUGUGACAACAAGUGGAACCAGUUGUGCCGAUCUACAUGCGAGAAUGGGUCAUGCUCCAGUCGAUAUACUUCGCAAGAUGAUCGCGACCAACAUGAUCAAAGAUGUGGGAGUACCUCUCGAGUCAAGUGGAUCAGGUACAUAUCGAGGAUGUCAGCAAGGGGAAAUGGUCCAAAAACCAUACCCAAGCAAUCGUGACAAGCGCAGCUACGAUACGUUUGAGCUACUUCAUCUGGACAUCUGCGGGCCCAUGGAAAAGGAUUCGCUCGGUGGCAGCAAAUAUUUGCUGCUGAUCAUCGACGAAGCCAGUGGAUGCAUGAAGGGCUUUUGUCUACGAGUGAAGUCCGAGAGUGAAGACUACAUCCGGAAAUAUAUCACCAUGGUACAGACGCAAUUCUGUAAGAAGGUCAAGUUCGUGCGACACGACGGAGCUCGCGAGUUUGCAACCAACUCGCUUCAACUGUUCUACAAAGACGAAGGCAUUGAACAGCAGACAACGGUGUCGUAUGCACAUCAAACAAACGGAACAGCAGAGCGUGCCAUUAGGACUAUUGUCACGAUCGGUGUUGACGGUCAUCGAUUUUCUACCAGUAUUGGUAACCGUGACCGAUCCAAUCCGGAACCGCCUGUUCAGCUUAGUAUUUACGACGUAGUUCUUACGGUAAUUACCAUAGUUGAUUAG